UCUUCCUUACACUACCAAGCAUAGCCUCUUCAACCAAACCAAAGAAAUGGAGGGAGAUCAACAGCAAAAGUUGUUGAUCAAAGAGCAAACAUCAGAAGAGGAAUCGUCACUGGUGAAGAGGGUGUGGAAUGAGAGCAAGUUGAUGUGGAUAGUGGCAGCACCAGCCAUAUUCACUAGGUUCUCCACCUUCGGUAUCAAUGUUAUAAGCCAGGCUUUUGUUGGUCAUAUCGGUUCACGAGAACUCGCUGCUUUUGCUCUCGUUUACACUGUUCUCAUACGUUUUGCGAAUGGUAUUCUGUUGGGAAUGGCGAGUGCAUUGUCAACACUAUGUGGACAAGCAUUUGGGGCAAAAGAAUAUAGUAUGAUGGGAGUGUAUCUUCAGAGAUCAUGGAUAGUGUUAUGCUCAACUGCAAUCUGUCUUCUUCCGUUGUUCUUCUUCACAGGUCCAAUUUUGAGGCUCCUAGGCCAAGAUGAGAACAUAGCACAAGUUGCGGAAACCAUUUCUCUUUUGUCAAUUCCUGUCUUGUUUGCUUUUAUUUUUUCCUUCACCACCCAAAUGUUUCUGCAAUCUCAAAGCAAGAAUGUCAUUAUAGCAUUCUUGGCAGCUAUGUCAAUAGCUAUUCAUGUGUUACUGUCUUGGCUAUUGACAAUACAAUUUAACGUUGGAAUUGCCGGCGCAAUGAUUUCAACAAGUGUGGCAUUUUGGGUUACUAACAUUGGCCAACUAAUAUUUAUUACCUGUGGCUGGUGCUCUGAUACAUGGAAAGGCUUCUCAUUUUUAGCAUUUAAAGAUCUUUGGCCUGUUGUCAAGCUUUCCCUCUCAUCCGGGGUCAUGUUAUGUCUUGAGCUGUGGUACAGCACAAUAUUGGUUCUUCUGACGGGUAACUUGACAAAUGCAGAGGUCCAAAUUGAUGCUCUAUCGAUAUG